AAGUAACACUUUGGUAACACUUUAUUAGAAUGUAACACUUAAUGUAACACAUUUAACAUCAGUAACAUUUCAAAAUAACACUUUUAAAAUAGGUAGCAUUUUAUGGUCACACUAAUAGAUGUUACCUUAUUUUUUUGGAAAAACAAAAUAAAUAAACUUUGAAAUAAAAAAAAAAUACAAGUGUUAAUCCCCAAAUUUAUGUGAAUUCAUUAAAAAAGCUAAUUAGCCGCCAAAGCUAAAAGAAACUUUCAUUCCCAAUUCAUCAGAAAUUAAUCAAAAAACCAAAAAAGGAAAAGAAAAUGUCAAAAUUUUAUUUCAUCUUCAUUCCCAAUUUAACAAGCCAUAUCGGCGAUAAUCGAUUAGGUUUCAGCAGAAAUCAGUUGUCUCCAUAAUUUCAUCAUAAGUUUCAUCAGAAAAUUAGUCUUCUCGCACAAUUUCAGCAGAAGUUUCUUCAGAUAAGCAGUCCUCUCACGCAAUUUCAUCAGAAAUCAAGUCGUCUCGGGCAAUUUCAACGUGAUAUUGGGUUUCAUUGAAUUCGUGAUUCUAAUUUCAGUUUUGAGCUGUGUGGUAUUUAAAUGCUCGGGCAGCAGACGAGUUGUGGCGGCUUCACUGAGGUUAUGGCAUUGAGAGGGAAGAUAACCACAAACAUUAAGGAUAUGGCAGGUGUCUCUUCAGUACCAAUGGCUAAUCUAACUAAGAUGUGUCUUCAAAACACCAAGAGACAACACUUAAAUAAAGGGUUACAAGGGAGAGAUUCAACGCAAAGAAAAAUCCAAUUGGGCAAGUCUACUGCACAGAAAAAAUCAGCAGUCCAUAAUCAGCAAGAGAAAGAGGUUGAGAUUAGGAAUGGUGUCCAAACUAAGAUAGGGCAGAGUAGGACAGUGGUUGCUCCUGGUUCACUCAGUGCUUACAAGCAAAUGCAAACACAAUUGCUAGAAAAGGAGAGGAGAGCAAUACAAAGUGAUUUAUUACUACGACGACAACUACGACUUUUUAACAUGGCUAGUUCACAAGUGCAUUUAGGGAGUUCACAAGCGCAAAGUUUUUCACAACCACAAAGAUUUGGACAUGACUUAUAGGAAGAUUAUGAGAAUCAUAUGAGUUCAAAUGAAGGCAAUUUAGAACAUUAUGUAAAUGAAGAAGAUGAGUUUAUUGAUGGAUUGAGUACUCUUAAUGGUGAGGAGCUAGGAUUAGAAGAUUAACCACUAGUAAAUCAGGAGCACGAAAGUGAACAAAUGGGUAACGAUCACUGUAAUUUUGUCCUAAAUAUUUUAAUAUAGAUAGGUUAAGAGUCAUACAUCAUUUUAAUUUUAAUUUUUAUUUUAAUGACCUUGUUGAGUUAAUGUUCAUGUAGUACUUUCAAAAAGGAAGUGAACUAGAGGACCAACUAUAUGUAAAGAUGUCCAUGAAUGGACAUUAGAAGAGCGUAAGCCUAUUGUUCUUAAUUAAAUGGGAAAGCCUAUUGGUCCAUAUGAUAAGACUGUAGAUACAUUUACAAGAUUCUUAGGGACUUUAGCUCGUAAUUCUUCUCUAGCGUCGUUGAAUAAGAUUAGUUGGCAUUAUGUUCCAGACAAGGAACAAAUUUGGAGUUACAUGAAGGUAUGCAAAAAUUCUACAAUUGAUUGCUCCCUGAUUUCUUCAACUUUGUUGUAUAAUUUUUUAGAAUUUGUCCUGCUAAAAUUAUAAAUUCUAUAAUUGAUUGCUCCCUGAUUUCUUAGGAUUUAUUUGCUUGUGUUGUUGCAAAACUUGCAAUGCUGUGUUUUGAUGCUAAAGCUUGCUGCAAAUCCCUUGACAAAAUCACCUACACAGUCCCUUAUCAUUCCACCACCACCAACCUAUCCUAGAGAGCCCUUGGCUGAUCCAUCUGUAUUAAGAGCAUACUAGCUGCUAGGUGACGCUAUCUACCUCACAAAGAUUUCAUGCCUAGGGUGCCUGCCAAGUAUAUUUGUUGUUCCUUGUAAUGGAUUGCAGGUGCGGAUACGCUGUUGAACAGGAAUCUGCCAAGCCAAACUCCAUUUAGUCUCUGAUGGGUAGUUGUUCUGUUCUCUCAUAAUGCUCAUAGCAAUUUUUAUUGAGAAUUUUCCAAUUUUUAAACCUUUCCAGAAGCGAAGAUUACCAAUUUCUGGAUUAUCAACCAAUUUGUGUGCUGCAAUAAGUUAUAAACAUUGAACAGGACGGAUAUGAGCAAACAAGUCCCAUUUUCAUCCCUGUUCAGAUUGCCACAUUUCCUCAACAUUUAGGAUAUGAGCAGGAAGUAUUUUUUUAAUGGUGUGAUUUGAUUAGUUUAUGUUCUAUUAUAUGUCAAGUGACUGACUUAAUUGAUUGUUGCCUAAUUUUCUUGUUUCAUAUUUUACUUAAUACAAAAGAAAUACAUUAUCUUGGAAGAAGGUAAAGACUGUGUUUUGUCAUCCGUGGGAAAGCUUUGGCGUAGAUAUAAAUGUAGUGUAAAGGCAACGCACUUUACUCCGCAUGACAAUGAUGGUGAUAGGUUGGCAAAUCCACCUAAUACAAUUCCAGAAGCGCAUUUCAAAGAGUUACUAGAAUUUUGGAAUCUAGAACUAGUCCAGGUAUAGUUAUGUUGUUUGUUUCCAUUAUAUUACAAUUGCUUAUGAUCCUCUCAAAAUGAAAUGUGUCAAGCUAUGAACUAUGUGCUAUGCAUGCAUGCUGGAAGACAGCAAAAAGAAAAGGGAAAUAAGUAUAGAUCAAAAAGAUAGGUACACUAUGGGUCCUAUGACUUUCGCGAGGAAACAACAU